GUGGCAAUCCUACACUUGCGAUCUUCACCUCUCUUAGAUCUCCCCUCCCUGUCUCUCUCUCUCACUCUUUAACGCACACUUUCCCCGAGUAUCGAUACUCGCCGCCUGAGCCAAUCUCAGCAAUGUCGUCGACCUAUGCGAGAUUCGACACCGUUUUUCUCCUUUCUAGAUUCGCCGGCGCUAAGUACUCGCCGCUGUGGCCUUCUUCUUCAUCGUCGUCGCACUCUUCUCUCUUAUCUUCCGGGAUUCACCUUAGAGCCAAGCCGAAUUCGCGUUUGCGAUCGGUUACAGGAGCAUCCUCUUCAUCGUCUGGUCCUAUCAUCGCCGGAAGUGAAAGCAUUGAGAUCAAAUCGUUGCCGACGAAGCCUAUCGAGGGGCAGAAGACUGGAACAAGCGGCCUCCGGAAGAAGGUGAAAGUUUUCAUGCAAGAUAAUUACCUAGCCAACUGGAUCCAGGCAUUGUUUAAUUCAUUGCCCCUGGAGGACUAUAAGGACGCCACAUUGGUUUUAGGAGGUGAUGGUCGUUACUUCAACAAAGAGGCCUCGCAGGUUAUUUUACAAUGCCUUCUACUUCCAAAAGUUAUCUUACCCUACGCAUUUCAUUCUUCAAGCCGUACGCUUUUCUUGCAGAUCAUAAUCAAAAUUGCGGCUGGGAAUGGAGUUGGAAAAAUUUUAGUUGGACAGGAAGGCAUUUUGUCAACCCCAGCGGUUUCCGCUGUAAUCAGGAAACGAAAGGCAAAUGGAGGAUUUAUUAUGAGUGCAAGUCAUAAUCCUGGUGGACCUGAAUAUGACUGGGGUAUCAAGUUCAAUUACAGCAGUGGUCAGCCAGCUCCUGAAUCCAUUACUGACAAAAUUUAUGGAAAUACACUUUCAAUCUCUGAGAUUAAGGUGGCAGAGAUUCCCGACAUUGAUCUUUCUCAUGUUGGAGUUACUAAAUAUGGGAAUUUCAGUGUGGAAGUUAUAGAUCCUAUUUCCGAUUACUUGGAGCUCAUGGAGGAUGUGUUUGACUUUGAUCUCAUUAGAGGUCUUCUUUCAAGAUCAGAUUUUGGGUUCAUGUUUGAUGCCAUGCAUGCUGUUACUGGUGCUUAUGCGAAACCAAUUUUUGUCGAUAAUCUUGAAGCCAAACCGGAUUCAAUUUCCAACGGAGUUCCCCUGGAAGAUUUUGGGCAUGGCCAUCCAGAUCCUAAUUUGACAUAUGCAAAGGAUUUGGUUGAUGUCAUGUAUCGUGACGAUGGACCUGAUUUCGGAGCAGCAAGUGAUGGUGAUGGUGACAGAAAUAUGGUCUUAGGAAACAAAUUCUUUGUCACUCCUUCAGACUCUGUUGCUAUCAUUGCAGCCAAUGCACAAGAAGCAAUUCCAUAUUUCCGUGCUGGUCCUAAGGGUCUAGCACGUUCUAUGCCAACUAGUGGUGCUCUGGAUCGUGUUGCCGAGAAGUUGAAGCUUCCUUUCUUCGAGGUUCCCACCGGAUGGAAAUUUUUUGGAAAUCUUAUGGAUGCUGGAAAAUUGUCAAUCUGUGGAGAAGAGAGCUUUGGCACAGGUUCUGAUCACAUCCGUGAGAAGGAUGGCAUAUGGGCUGUGUUAGCGUGGCUUUCGAUCCUAGCUCAUCGCAACAAGGACAAGAAACCAGGGGAGAAGUUGGUUUCUGUUGCAGAUGUUGUGAACGAGUACUGGGCGACAUAUGGAAGGAACUUUUUUUCCAGAUACGACUAUGAAGAAUGUGAAUCUGAAGGAGCCAAUAAAAUGAUCGAAUAUCUUAGAGAUAUCGUGGCUAAGAGCAAGGCCGGUGAAAAUUAUGGAAACUAUGUCCUCCAGUUUGCAGAUGACUUUUCAUACACGGACCCUGUAAGUCUGAUAAUAAAUAAUAUUGAUUAUGGGUAUCCAACCAUGCCUGUACAUACCUUUUAUGGGCAAGUUUAUAUAAAUGUGGACAGGUUGAUGGAAGUGUUGCAUCCAAGCAAGGUGUUCGGUUUGUCUUCACUGAUGGAUCCAGAAUCAUAUAUCGUUUAUCCGGAACUGGUUCAGCUGGUGCCACGGUUCGAAUAUAUAUUGAACAGUUUGAGCCAGACGUUUCAAAGCAUGAUGUGGAUGCACAGAUAGCUCUAAAACCUUUGAUAGAUCUUGCAUUGUCUGUAUCAAAGUUGAAGGAGUUUACAGGGAGGGAGAAGCCCACUGUCAUUACAUGAGGAAAAAAACUAUUCUGUGUCACAUGGUCCUUAUGAAAGGCGAGUUGGGUUCCUGACUUCAGUUUUGUCUGCCAUGUUUUUAUUCGAAACUUCCAGAGCAAUGAACUGCUUAUCUAUGUAACAUAUAUAUAUAUAUAUAACUUGAUGCGUCUGUAUAAAAUAAAAGGAUAUAUUUUCUUUCGUUGGUCGAGUCAUGUUCGAUGAUUCAUGACUAUGUCUUGGAAAUGAACUGCUUAUUGGAAGAUAUUUGGUAUGAGAAUCAAAGUCCUUUUUAAGA